UUCGUCCCUCUUUUGAUCAGAAAAAGGACGGAUCUUUCCGGUGCUCGCCAUUGUUGCUCGGUGGCUGCUGGCCGAUCCCGAGCGUCGACUCCUUACCCCCCACCCUUCCCUCUCUCUUCUCUCUUCAGCCGAUCGCUGAUCUGCAACGGGCAUCUUCUUCUCCAGCGGUAGCCGCUGCUGCAUUCUCCUGAUUAAGUAAAAGAGGAGCAGGAGAAAAAUUCUUCCUUUUAUUUCUGUACAGCUCGGGGCAACAGCUUUGAUUCGGCAUAGGCCUCGAGAACUUCAAAGGAACACAUAAACCUCAAGAACUGGUUUUCCGUAGAUUAUUGUCGGCUACUUCAUUGGCCCAUUAGGGUUGGGUUAACGGCUAUGGAUGUGGACGGGAAUAAGCGCGUGUUCCAGCGGCUUGGGGCUCCGUCAUCGGCCCCCAAUGACUCCAGCAAACAGAAAGUCUGCUAUCAUUGGAGGGCAGGGAAGUGUAGCAGAUACCCCUGUCCCUACCUCCAUAGGGAAUUGCCAGCCCCCACAUCGAACGGAGGGGGACCGAAGCGGUUCGCUGAGGAUUCGGGGUCUCAGUUUUCGCGGAGAGGCCCCAACAAGUUCACUGGUGGAUCAAAUACGUGGGGCCGGGUUCACGGGGGUAAUAACACGGUGAGGAAGGCAGAGAAGGUGUGCAACUUCUGGGUGCAGGGCCAUUGUAAUUUCGGGGAUAGGUGUCGGUAUUUGCAUUCUUGGAGCGUAGGCGAUAGUUUCUCAUUACUGAGCCAGCUUGAAGGCCACCAAAAGGUUGUUACUGGGAUCGCAUUUCCGUCUGGUUCUGAUAAGCUUUACACUGGAGGCAAGGAUGAAUCUGUGAGGAUGUGGGAUUGUCAGUCUGGCCAGUGUAUUCUUGUUGUCAAUCUUGGUGCUGAAGUAGGUUGUAUGAUAAGUGAAGGUCCAUGGAUUUUUGUUGGUUUGCCGAAUCUCGUGAAGGCAUGGAAUACACAAACCUCUGCUGAGCUGAGUCUUAAUGGACCUGUAGGACAAGUUUAUGCCAUGGUUGUGGGUCAUAGUUUGCUCUUCGCCGGUACACAGGAUGGAUCUAUAUUGGCCUGGAAAUACAAUGAAAUAACUAAUAACUUCGAACCGGCUGCGUCACUGACAGGCCACUCUGUGGCAGUGGUUUCACUAGUCGUCGGAGCUAAUAGGGUAUACUCUGGUUCCAUGGACAAUACAAUUCGGGUUUGGAAUCUCGAAACUUUGCAGUGUAUACAGGUUCUAUCUGAUCAUACCUCAGUUGUGAUGUCCGUUCUUUGUUGGGAUCAAUUUCUUUUAUCUUGUUCCCUGGACAAGACAAUAAAGGUGUGGGCUGCCACAGAAAGUGGAAACCUUGAAGUGACCUAUACACACAAUGAAGAACACGGAAUUCUUUUUCUAUGCGGAAUGCAUGACUUAGCAGGCAGGCCAGUCUUGCUGUGCGCUUGCAAUGACAACUCCGUUCGUGUUUACGAUUUGCCAUCAUUUUCCGAGAGGGGCAAGAUUUUUGCCAAACAGGAGGUUCGAGCCAUCCAAGCUGGCCCUGGUGGCAUCUUCUUCACAGGAGAUGGGACCGGUCAAGUGAAAGUGUGGAAAUGGGCAGAAUCAUCAGGGCAGCAAUAGAAUCGAUGAUAGUAUCUAGAAUGGGAUGACCACCUUGUAAUAUUAUUUGAUCUUUCUUUUUUCUGUGUUCCUUCCUUACAUGAAGGUCGGGGAGGGCAUUCGCUGGUAAUUUUUCGUAUGUCCAAGGAAAGAAAUUAUAGAAUGAGAAUGAGUGCGUUCCGAUUCAGGGUUGUCCUUUUUAGUGAGUGACAUUGUCUUAUGGUUUGGGCCAUAAUAAAAUUGUGGGUACGUCUUGAUCUGAUAAUAUUGGCCGAGUGGUAACGAGGAUGACCUUGUAUAAGUAUAUAUCCUUCUCCCUUCAAUUUGUCA